CUUAUUUCGGGAUGUGUGACCGGUGCUGUGAGGUCUUGGAGAACUAAUCAUAUCUAAGCUUGGCGCGCUUCUGCGUUUAUUCUAGGGUGCAAGCGUAACAUCAGCGAAAGUUUCGACUUUGUUCAUGAUACUGGACAUCUUACAUCCUGCGCAAAGGAGCGCUUGUAUCUGCUAAAAUACCGCUAAGUGCUGCGAGCUGCAGGUGAUAUCACAGGGAAAUGCCUCGACGUAUCAGCUAUAUAAGAGUAUUCAUUUGUCCUCACUAUUUUCUAUGUACACUUCAAUCGUGUCUUUUCCCAUGCCAAUUUCCUUCCGCGACACAGAACCAGACUCAAUAUUUACCUUUCAUCUUCCCAGUUCUACCAUUUGACAAUGUCACGCCGAGCUUGGAACAGUGUGAUGGAAGCGAUCACAGGCCGGGGUUCCAAAGUCUGGGAGAAACUUGCUAAACCGACAGUCGGGAGAGGCAAAACUCAAUGGCCGAAAUCAGCAAGUGAUUUGGAAAAUCACGGUGUCCGCUUCGAUUAUGAUGGCACUAUUGAAGAGAACGGCCUUGUGUACCACAAAUACCAGGUCCAGCCGAAUGCUGGAAAGAUUCCCAGUUCAUGGAAAGACUGGAGAGAUAAGAAUGGGGGGACUCAUGCCGUCAUCGGAACCGUUAAAGUCAAGCAAGAUGCGACAAAGGACGACGUUGAUGAGGCACUCAAGUCACUUGAGGAACAGCUUUGAAGGCACUUCUGGCACUGCUACAAAUUGGCAUGCAUUGUUCUCGGCGAUUGUCGAAAGCUAGAAUUGUGGGUUUACGAUUGAUAAGGGGAUUCGAGUAUCUGAGCGGGGUUGGUAUGAUGGGCAUUUGAAUGUAUCCACUCUUUGGCCUAGCCUUAUAACUAUUUUGAGAUUGU